UGGUUCUGAAGUGAGCGUCCUCUCAGAAACGUGUUUUUAUCCCUCCCAGGUGUGGCGCAUUGAGAAGUUGGAACUGGUCGAAGUGAAGCCGAACCUGCACGGACAGUUUUAUGGAGGAGACUGCUACCUGGUGCUGUACACGUAUCAGGUGUCCAGCAGAAAGCAGUACAUACUCUACAUGUGGCAGGGACGUCACGCCACGAAGGAUGAGAUCACGGCGAGCGCCUAUCAGGCCGUCAACAUCGACAACAUGUACAACGGAGCCCCCGUCCAGGUCCGAGUGGUCAUGGGGAAGGAGCCUCGCCACUUCCUGGCUAUAUUCAAAGGCAAACUCAUCGUUUUUGAG